CAUAACUACGCCGACUUAAACUUGGGUUUUAUAUUCGGUUAUUCACCGUGUGUUUAGAAACAAAUUUAACCUGCAUUAGUGCUUGAGGUUUGAAUUGGUUUAUCAUGAGUACGCCAAUAUUAACAAAACAACAGCAGAAACACAGUCUGUCGGCAAAGAAAUCAUCGGCUAAAGGAUUACGAAAUGUCUUGGCCCAACCUCAAGAUAGUUAUUGGCCAAUUGUAAAUGUAGAUAUGUGUCCAAUAUUAGAAAAUCUUUUAAAAAAUUUAACAACAGCAAUAAAACGUACAUACCAUUCAGUCCCAUGGUCAAAACUCAGACAUAUGAAUAAAGUAGAACGUGCAAAAGCUAAAAAGGAAGCACUUUUGAAAGAAGGAAGUGUGCUUAAUACAGAGAUAAUAAAUUCUGUUGUCUUGGGUUUAAAUGCAAUUACAAGGUCUCUAGAAAAGAAUAAUAUUUGUUGUGUUUUAAUGGAUGCCAAUAUCGAGCCACCACUUUUAUCAAGGCAUAUCAUUGUUAUGGCACAAAAUAAAAAAAUACCAAUAUUAUUAUUAUCCAACUUAAAGUCUAUUACAUUAAGUAUUAUUGGAUUUGCAUCUGCUGCAUAUGCCCUUAAGAAUAUUGUAAUGGAAUCUCCUGAUCAUCAUUUUCAUCCAUUGUAUACAAAAAUAUGUGAUAUUUCUAAAAGUAUUCCUCUGCCAAAAAAUUCACUUGAAUUAUUUAAGGAUGAUGAAACAUCAGAAGAAGCUACAUUAUGUGAAACAAAUAAAAUGAGUAUUCAAACUGAGUCACAGUCCAUGCCUACAGAGACAAUUAAAUUUACAUUGUCAACAAAUGUAUAUAAAUAUAGAUGUUCGCGGAAGGAAAGAGCAUUUGUUCCGCCAGAUACAACAAUAAAAAACCAUGAAAUUCUAUCCGAUACACAAAAACUGGAGCAGAAUGAAUUUAUCUCCAUAAGUAAUUAUAAAUGCGACGAAUUUGAUGGAAACAUCAGGAAAAAUACAAGAUAUAUAAAUAUUCAUGAAAAUGAAUAUAGAAGGAAAAGAGAUUAUUCAGAGGUAAACAAGAAAUUAAAAAAUGUCACAUAUUUACCACUAAAAGUGAAACGUUUGCAAGGUAACGGUAACCGCGUGAAAGCUACUAAAGCGGCAAAACAGAAGAAAAAAUAA